GUCUGAUGGACUCGAAGCCGUUCGACUCGAUCUCAUCUCAACGAAAUCAUCCGUCCGAUGGCGGAGUGAGCCCCUCGACGCCGUGGGCCGCGGUGUAUAUCAACGGAGUCGAUCGAGGGUUGCGACCGCACGAUCGGGAUCAGAUCGGAGCGUGGGCCGGCGAUCGCCGCUUGAAUUUCUCCUCCGGCGACGAUGGAGCAGUUGUAUCCUUGCUUCGAGUGCUUGGAGCGGCAGGUCCAUUCUGAUCUCUCGACCGAUCUCUUCUUCCGCUAUGGGGUCUCCGACACCGCACUCCCCUUCGGUUCUUCCGCCGUCCUUCAGGUCUACUUGACGGGGGAAGUAGACAAUUUAUUAAGUGAGGAGGUCUCUGUUCAACUUGUUCUGAUGGGAUUAUUUAAUGAAAAGAUUACGUCCUUGGGGCAGAAUAUGGGUCCUUGCAGUUCUAGCGACUCUUCAGGAAGUCUUGGGGAUAGUGCAGGUGGUAAAGAUAAACAGUCUCCAUCAGAGGAAGGUCUGGUAGCUGUGGGUCAUGAAAUUUCUGUUAGCACUCAUGAUCAGCAAUAUCUUUUAAGGGUCAUUGCUGCAAUAACUCCAGAUGCCUAUGUUGGUAGAGCUUCUUAUGCCACAAUCAGAAACCUCAGUUUAAAGUAUUUGUCCGGAGCACUUGGGAACAACUCCAGUUCAUUAGUAAAUUUUUUUAGAGAAGGAAGAACUACUGACUAUGAUGUUGCAAACUUUCUAAAGUUAGUUGCUUACCCUGCUUCUGCAAGCAAUCUUAUAGGUAGUAUUAGACACCCUAAUAUUUUCCCCGUUUUAGGUAUUCUAGAAGCACCUGUAUAUUCAUACUUAUUGCAUCCUAAAGCUCCAUAUACUCUGGAAAAUGUUUUGAAAUAUAGCCCCACAGUUUUGAAGUCCGAUUGGCACAUAAGAUUUUUGACCUACCAGAUUCUUUCUGCUUUAGCAUACAUCCAUGGGUUAGGAUUUGCCCAUGGUAACAUAAGCCCUUCGAGCAUACAUUUGAAUGAAUCACUUUGGGCAUGUCUGAACAUUAGUGAGAUGGCGUGCUUGAAAGAAGCUUCUCAUUCUGCUUCCAGAAAAGCAUGUUGUUUCGCAGAGGAGUGCCCUUGUCAAGAAAUUUAUGCUGACUUUGGAUUGUCAACAUCUAUGACUUGGAGUACCAGUUUCAGGCGCUGGUGGGCAGGUGAUCUGAGCAACUAUGAGUACCUUCUUUUGUUAAACAAGCUAGCUGGUAGAAGGUGGGGUGACCACUCAUUCCAUAUGGUAAUGCCCUGGGUCAUAGACUUCAGUGUGAAACCUGAUGAAAAUUCUGAUGUUGGGUGGAGGGACCUUACAAAAAGCAAAUGGCGGUUGGCCAAGGGUGAUGAACAAUUGGAUUUCACAUAUUCUUCGUCGGAAAUUCCUCAUCAUGUUUCAGAUGAAUGCCUCUCUGAGCUAGCGGUCUGCAGUUAUAAAGCAAGAAGGUUACCUUUGUCAGUACUUCGGUCUGCUGUGAGAUCUGUUUACGAGCCUAAUGAGUAUCCAUCAAGCAUGCAGAGACUUUACCAGUGGACUCCAGAUGAGUGCAUUCCUGAGUUCUAUUGUGAUCCUCGAAUUUUUACAUCUCUUCACUCUGAGAUGAGUGACCUGGCAUUGCCAUCUUGGACAACAUCGCCAGAGGAUUUUAUUUUGAUACAUCGUGAUGCGUUAGAAAGUGAUCGUGUAUCACGACAAAUUCAUCAUUGGAUUGACAUCACCUUUGGUUACAAACUCUCAGGCGAAGCAUCUGUUGAAGCCAAGAAUGUGAUGUUGCCUACUUCUAAUCCAUCAACACCAAAGUCGACGGGGCGCUUGCAACUUUUUACUAAACCACACCCUAUGCGGCAUGGUGUCACGCCACAUUCUCAGUAUCAUGGCCUAAAAGAAUCAUGUUUCAAGUGCCAACUGCAACAUGAAGGGAAAGAAAUAUCUAGCAUCACUAAUGGAUCCUCACAUUUGGAUCCUGAGGAACUUCUUUCAGGAACUAGGUAUUUGGACAAUCUAGAGACAGCUACUCUAUUUUGUGAACAAACACGCUACCUUGAUUCUGUUUAUAAUUACCAGGAGGGGUUUCUUGACUAUACUUGCUCUUUAAAGUCUCAGCUAAGUGAUCUUUCUAUCAUAGGCACUCUAGAAAAAACUAGCGAUACAACUUCAGUUCCAUCCGAUUUUGAUUUGGGUUGCCUUCUCGAGUGCUUUGAGGCUGAUGAUAAUCUCUCCAUGGGCUUUCAAGAGUCUCUCAACUGGAGACAGAAGCCAUCAUAUUUGGGGGUAUGUUCUGAUAAGUAUGCCAAGGACAUAUUCUCUUAUGGUUGCAUAUUGGCUGAACUUUAUUUGAAGAGACCACUUUUUGAUACUGUCUCAUUUGCUGCAUACAAAGAAAGUGGUGUCAUGCCAGGAGCAAUUCAGGAACUGCCUCCUCAUGUUGCACUUCUUGUUAAAGCAUCUAUCCACAGGGAUUGGAGAAGGAGGCCAUCAGCAAAAUGCUUUCUCGAGUCACCAUACUUUUCUCCAUCAGUCAGGUCUGCAUUCUUGUUUCUUGCACCACUUCAGCUUUUGGUUAACAGUGGUUACUGCUUUCAGUAUGCUGCUAAGCUUGCAAGUGGAGGAGCCCUCAAAUCAAUGGGGGCGUCUGCUGCAGAAAUGUGUGCCUCUUUCUGCUUACCCCUUAUGACAUCAUCUCUUUCGGAUAUUGAAACUGAAUCAGCUUUGUGUCUACUAAAGGAAUUUAUAAAUUGCUUGAGUUCUCCUGCUAUAAAAGCAUUGAUUUUGCCCAUCAUUCAGAAGAUUUUACAGGCAUCACAAUAUUCUCAUCUGAAGGUUUCUCUCCUUCAGGACUCCUUUGUGAGGGUUUUAUGGAAGCAAUUGGGUAAACAAGCAUAUCUGGAGAAGAUGCAUUCUUUUGUUAUUGCAAAUUUAGUCAAUCCACCUAACAAAGUAACUGCAUGUGCUGCAUCUGUGGCACUGAUUGGUUCAAGCGAUGAGCUUGGUUAUCCUAUCACAAUUCAUCAGACUAUCUUACCACUAAUCCAUUCCUUUGGAAAAGGACUCUGUUCUGAUGGAAUUGAUGCUUUGGUUAGAAUUGGUAGCCUUCUGGGAGAAGCUUUUAUCAGCGGACAGCUCUUGCCUUUACUUAGAAAUAUUAUUCUCUCAUGUAUCAAUGUUUCACAGAUCAAUAAGCCUGAACCCAUGCGUAGCUGGAAUGUGUUAACUCUGAUUGAUAGUUUUUCUACUUUAGAUGGUCUCAUUACGGUCAUGCCAAAAGAGGCCAUUCUAAAAGAGCUGAUUCAGGACAAAGUUUGCCUCCAUGUUAGGGUUCUUAUGCAGACUCAGUUGGAUCUAUCUGUCGUUCAGGUUGCUGCAGCCGCACUAAUUUCACUCUGUAAAAGGCUUGGGCCAGAUUUCACCAGCUUGUAUGUAUUGCCACAACUGAAAAAUUUGUUUGAUGAGCUGGCCUUUUCCCAAUCAGCAACCCCCAGACCUGAUGCAUCUGGAAGGAAUGUCAGGAUCUCUAAGCAAAAAGUGGAAGAGGACAUCCGGAUUGAGAGUAGAAUGGACCUUGUUUUGCUGCUGUAUCCUUUCUUGGCAUCUCUUAUUGGCAUAGAGAAGCUUUGUCAAUGCUGUUCUACAUGUUUGCUGCUGUAUCCUUUCUUGGCAUCUCUUAUUAGCAUAGAGAAACUUCGUCAAUGCUGUUCUACAUGGUUUCUUUUGGAGCAAAUUCUUCAAAGAUACUACAACUGGAAGUGGGAUAUUGUGGGCGAAACUCAUAGAAGUAGUGGUGAAAGUUUUAGUGCUCAAAGGCUUAGUAUUGGCAGAAUUUCUUCCUCCGUCUACAAUCCAGCAAAAUUACUGCUAAAUGAUGUUGGCUGGUCUGUACCACAAUCUCAAGGAGCUAAAAGUGGCACAAGUCUGUUAAGUUCCAACAAAGAUAUGAAUGAGUUUCCAUAUACUGAAAAGUUUAAGCUCUCUGAGCAGCAUUAUGGUACCACAGAUCUCAAGAAUUAUAUGCCAUGGUUUUGGUUCCCUAGUCCUGAUGCUAGCUCAGAUGCGCCUGAUUUUCUUGGUCGCAGUGGAAGCUUGAAAGAUGAACCACCUUGGAAGAUCAAAGCAUCGGUUCUUUACUCAGCCCGUGCACACCCUGGAGCAGUGAGAUCAAUAGCUGUUUGUCAUGAUGAAUGUACAUUUUAUACUGGAGGUGUUGGUCCUGGAUUCAAGGGUAGUGUUCAGAAGUGGGAAUUAGCAAGAAUGAAUUGCAUAUCGGGCUAUUAUGGCCAUGAUGAGGUUGUAAAUGACAUAUGUACAUUGUCUGUAAGUGGAAGGAUAGCUUCUUGUGAUGGUACCAUUCAUGUAUGGAACGGUGAUACUGGAAAAUUAAUAUCAGCAUAUGCCGAAUCAUCAAUAAGCUUCCCGUUGCCAACUGCCAAUAAGGUGGCUAUAGAGCAAAGCAACAUGCUUAUAGCCAAUGAACUCACUGGUGGCAUACUGUCUAAUGCAUUCAGUGGUAGUUUGUACACCUGCAUGCAUUACUUAGACUCAGUAAACAAACUUGUUGCUGGCAUGGGAAACGGUUCAGUCAGGUUUAUUGAUGUUUUGCAAGACCGCAAACUGCAACUAUGGAAGACUGAUGCUGCUGAAUAUUCUUUUUCAUCUCUUGUGUCAGCCAUUUGCUCUUGUGGUUCUGAAAACAUUCAAGCAGAUGGAGGCUCAAGUCUCCCCUCCUGGAUUGCAACUGGUCUGAGUUCAGGUCAUUGUAGGUUGCUUGAUGUGAGGUGUGGCAACAUAAUUGCCCGUUGGAGGGCACAUGAUGGUUAUAUUACGAAGUUGGCUGCACCAGAAGAUUAUCUGCUUGUAUCCAGCUCAUUUGACAGAAGUUUGCGGGUUUGGGACCUAAGAAGGAGCCUAGCCUCUCAGUUAAAUGUAUUUCGAGUCCAUUCAGAUGCCAUCACUAGCUUUGCGAUGUGGUCUCAAGAUGUGAUCUCAAUUUCCAGAAAUAAAAUUGCUCUGACAUCUCUUUCUACAUCGGCAGAUCAACAGGGUGGACGGUACCAACUUUCGCCUCAGACAUUGUAUUCUGCCGAUAGAGGAACAAGAAGCCAAUCGGUUCUCUCCACGAUAAGCAUUCUUCCUUUCUCGAGGUUGUUUCUUGUUGGAACAGAAGAUGGUUUUCUGAAGGUCUGCUGCUAGAUAAAGAGUUAAUCAAGUAGCAGGGCAGUGAUCUACCAAACCUGUGAGCUUCUCGGUGGCUUGUAAGCAUUCUCUGCCAACCUAUUGUACAGUUUGUGCAUCGGUUGUGUUGCAUAUUUUUCAUGAUAGCAAAAUAACGAUACCUUGUAGAUCUAACGUCCUCUUUUUAUGUACAUUUAAUCUAUUAUUUAGAUAGAUAGAGUGAACAAAUUUGAAUUAUUUUUCCCUGCAAAAUCGGUGGUUACUGAAACCUACGAGGUUCGUUGCACUGUAAGAUGGAACAUGAGGCUGAUAGCUGGGUUCUGGCGUCCAAAGCUCACAUCACCAGCGGCUUGGUCUCAAGAAUUAAAAUCUCCAGAUCACAUCGGCAACGGCCUGGUCGUAAGUGUUUUUUUUUUCUUUUUCUUUUGGUCUUAGGGUUUAAUAAUUCAGGCAAUGGACAUGUAUCGAUCAUUGACAGAACCGUUUUGUGUCUAAUUUGUAUCGAUAUACCAACAUACGAAAAGGGGGGGGAGGGGAUUUGUCUCAGUUUGUCAGAACCGUAAUGUGUCUAAUUUAGAUAGUUGGUAUUUGUCUCGGUUUGUCAUUGGGGACACACAUGUAUCGAUCGGUAAUGGAUGGUAUUUAGAAUCA